AAAAAGAAGACCGCCUCGACAUAUUGCGGUAAACAACUCCGUUUGGUGUGAUAUCUCUGUUGUGUGGUCUCGCUUUUGUACAAAAACACUACGUUUGCUGGAGUUUAGAAUCGUUUAUUUGGUGACACAUUCGUUGUAGUUUCAUCACCCACCAUGAACGCACCACCCACCUUCGAAUCUUUCCUUCUGUACGAAGGAGAGAAAAAAAUCAUCAAAGAACUGGACAUGAAAGUGCCGAAUGCGGCGAUAUUCACCGUGAACAAGGAAGAUCACACGCUGGGCAACAUGAUUCGCAACCAACUGCUGAAGGAUCCGAACGUGUUGUUCGCUGGCUACAAACUUCCCCAUCCGCUCGAGCACAAGUUCGUACUGCGCAUCCAAACGACGUCGGAAUAUUCCCCUCACGAAGCGUUCAUGAACGCCAUCACCGAUCUGCUGUCCGAGCUGUCCCUGUUCGAGGAGCGGUUCCGUGAAGCGAUGAAGGAAAAGAAGGAGGGUGGUGAUUAGGGCGGAAAUAAGGGGGGGAGGGGGUGAGACUUUUCGGAACGGUUUCGCCCGCCAGACAGUACCGGUGGAGGUUCGCGGAGACGCAUCGAAAGGCGGAUCGGAUGUAUCGGGCGCCCGUGGUGUGUGCGAAUGCGUGUUUUAGUGCUUAAGAAUGGUGACCUAUAUUGUUUCGAUAUAAAUAUUGAGAUAUUCUAUCUAACGUA